AUUCAGAAUCAUCUUCUCAUAGCACGUUCACCAUGAGGACGUCCCUAAUUUCUUUGCUGAUUAUCUGCACCAUUGCUUGUGAUGCAUAUAUAUCGGAGAAUAAACAUAUUCUGCAGGGAGGUUUCGUACCAAGCAAUGGUCACAGCGAACUAGUGUUGCAAGAUCACGGAUAUGGGAAUGGACAUAGGCCUGGAUAUGGGCCUGGAUAUGCCCCCGGACAUGGACCUGGAUACGCACCCGGACAUGGGCCUGGAUAUGCGCCCGGACAUGGAGCUGGAUAUACGCCCGGAAAUGGAGUUGGAUAUGCGCCCGGACAUGGGGUUGGAUAUGCGCCCGGACAUGGAGCUGGAUAUGCGCCCGGAAAUGGGGUUGGAUAUGCGCCCGGAUAUGGACCUGGAUAUGGAUCUGGAUAUGGACCCGGAUAUGGAUCUGGAUAUAGGCCUGGAUAUGGGUCUGGAUAUAGGCCUGGAUAUGAGUCCGGAUAUAGGCCUGGAUAUGGGUCCGGAUAUAGGCCUGGAUAUGGGCCCGGAUAUGGACAUGGAAACGGAAUUGGUGUAGGAAUCGGUCCUGGUGUAGGAGUCGGGGGAAGCAAUGGACUAUACACACCAAAUUUUGGAAUUGGUGAGGGACAUGGACCCGUGCACCAUAUUCACAAGACCAUUGUAAAUCGCGUGGUACCAGUGCCAGUUCCCGUGCCUCAACCUAUUCAAAUCACUCGCAAUGUCCCCGUACCAGUACCACAACUCAUACCUGUCGAAGUGAGGCAUCCUGUUGCAGUUCCGGUACCUUAUCAGGUCCCACCACCUGACUUCGUAAAGCCACUAAAAGAUGUUGCGCCUCUUCCCGUGCCUCAACCUAUUCAAAUCACUCGCAAUGUCCCUUCGGUACCUUAUCAGGUCCCACCACCUGACACCAUUAAAGCAAAACUCAAUGUUAAUGCGCCUCUUCCCGUAUUAAAUUCUCAACCCGUGACGUCUGGAAGAUAUGGAUCCGUGGAGCAUGUUUCGGGGAUCAUUGUGGAUCGCGAGGUUUCAGUGCCAGUUCCCGUGCCUCAACCUAUUCCAAUCAUUCGCAAUGUCCCUGUACCGGUACCGCAACCCAUACCCGUCGAAGUGAGGCGUCCUUUUCCAGUUGCGGUACCUUAUCCGGUCCCACCACCUGACACCCCCACCCCAAAACGCGGCGAAAACUUUAAUGUGGGUCUUCCCGAACCAUUGCUUCAAUCCACGCACGGGACGCGACCAACCGGUCAAAUCACCGUUCAACCAGCUGGUCCCAUCCAGAUUGGACCAGUGAGUGGAGCAAGACCUAUAGUAGGUGGCGAAUACGACCCCGAAUUUUCCAUAACUAGCAAUGGGAACGGUAAUGAUCAAUCCACUAGUUUCGUGAGUUUAUCGGGUCCAGAACUUAACUUGAGCCAGCAAUCCGAAGAGGGGUACUCAUAUCCAGUACCGAGAAAUCAAAAUUUUUAAGCUAGAUAUUCAAAGAAAUUUGUUACGGGCGACAUCAUGCAUCUAUCAUUUUCGAAAUCUCAGAACAUAUAAUAUACACGGCCCGAGUCACACCCAUAUCUUGCAUUUCGCUAUUUAGAUUGGACACAACGCGAAAUUAUGAUUCCAAUUAAAAAUUCCGUUUAAAACCGCAAAACGAAAGAGAUUGAAGUAUACAUAUAUCAUCAGUAUUUACUUUCGCAUUUUUUCGACGAUGACAAGGGAAAGAGAGAGUAAUACAUUUUAAGAACGUGUUAAGCUGUUAAGUAAAGUGCCGAAAAGAUAAAUAAUUAUGUAAAGCGCGCGAUAAAGAUGAGAAUCUAUAUUUGAUACUUUCUAUGGUAAUUUAUGAUAAUUCGGGACAUAAGCUAAAAAAGAUUGCUAAUAUUUUUGAUAGUUUAUAGUUUACA